CUUGGAGCUUAUAAGACCGAGUUCUGAAAACAACUUUCGCAGUACCUGUUAAUAUAAGCUGAGUAACAGUGGUAAAGUCGCUGCUGAGUUGUAAAAUCCAAUAAGAGAAGUGCUUGACUUCAUCGUGUAUUUCGAGUUGAUAUCAACUAGCGAAACAAAGAAAGGAAUUGGCUAACUUCAAUUCGAAAUUUUCAGAAGAAAUUAUAAACAUAUUUUAUUUUAAUCAAUAAAAAUUCACAGCGCAAAAUGUUGUGAAAUUCAUUAUAUUUCUGAUGUGUACCUUCAGCGAAGAAUCGUAUCGCUGCGCAAAUCUCCAGAAUUGGAUGAACAGCAGUUAAUGUAAUUAAAAUGUGGCCAACAGUGUACUUCACAAGUGGAAGAACCAAAAGAUUCGAAUGAUCUCUAAUUAGCCGUCGAAUUAAUGCGACAUUCAAGCUUUCCUCCCGACUCAUGGAAAAUAACUCAUAGCUACUCAUUAUAGUUCUUUUUAAUAUUUUAAGGGGUAGUCAGAGACACGAAAUGAGAAUUUUCAGAAAUUUUUUUGUAUUAAAUCCUAUUGGUCAUAAAAAAGUUAAAUUUUGAAAAACAAAAAAGUUUCGCAUUAUUAUAUAUUCUAAAACCUGUUAAAAUUCAUUAAAAUCUUCUGAACAUAAUUUUGAAAAAAAACGCAUUUAAAGUUUCGCUCUUUGUUAUUUGUCGAAUAACUCGAAAAGUAAUUAUCGGAUCAACUUCAAAUUUCAGACAAUAUUUUUAAGAUAUUAAAUCUAGUUUCAGUAGCCUGCGUAACUACACUGGCAACUAUUCUCCAGUAAUAUUACACAAUUGGGGUGUAAUAAUCAAAACCCUGCACCUGCCUAUUGUAAAUUCUCCCUUCUAAGGUAUGUAGAUGUGUAAUGCAACAGUGUGUUAGUGUUUUGCUAUACCUGAAAUGUAAAUUUGUAUUUUUCUAUCCCUAAGUCGCUCAUUAUUCCCGUCCUGAUGUAAGGCGCUGAAGCGUGGACGAUGACAACAUCCGAUGAGACGACUCUUGGGCUUUUCGAGAGAAAGGUUUUGCGUAAGAUUUAUGGUCCUCUGAACUUUGGCAACGGCGAAUACCGCAGACGAUGGAACGAUGAGCUGUACGAUUUAUACGACGACAUUGACAUAGUUCAGCGAAUAAAAAGACAGCGGCUACGCUGGCUAGGUCAGGUUGUACGAAUGGAUGAAAACACUCCAGCUCUGAAAGUGUUCGAUGCAGUACCCGCUGGAGGAAGCCGCGGAAGAGGACGACCUCCACUCCGGUGAAAAUACCAAGUGCAAAGUGACCUGGCUUCACUUGGUGUUUCCAGUUGGCGCCAAAAAGCAAAAAGGAGGAACGAGUGGCGCGCUCUGGUGGAUUCGGCUAUAAUCGCUUAAGCGGUUUCUACGCCAAAUAUAUAUACAUAUAUAUAAUGGUAGUCAGUAUAAACAACAAAGCCAAGCAGUAAACUUGUGAGUUUGUUCAUAUUUUUUUGUGUAAUUUUUCGUGAAAAUGAAGGCUUCCAGAGAAGGCUUCCGGUGGAAAAGGCAAACUUACUGGAAAGAUGAUCGAUAAGUUGACAGUUUAUUAUGACUUAGCAAUAAGGAGAAAUUGCGAUUCCCUUCAAAAAAUGUAUAAUGCUAUAUGGGCCACAUAUUACCAUUGUUGUUCAAGCGACGAAGAACCGCAGCACGACAAGUGCCCGGAAGGAACAGAAUCAUGGUGCGACUGGCAGAAGGCUGCAGCUGCCAAUCAAUUAUCCACUUUCGAACAUGAUUAUGAGCCAUUACCAAAAGAUGUUGCUGAGGCUAUACGUCCGAUUUUCACAGAUCUCAGCAGUGAGAAUUUGUUGGAGGGAUGUGUAGGUGAGAGCUACAAUCAACUGAUUUGGAAAAUCUCUCCCAAAAUUGUUCCAGCCGGUUCAAAAACUGUGGAAACUGCUGCAUACAUAGCUGCUGGCAUAUUUAAUGAAGGAAUGGCAUCACUAUUGUAUUAUAUGAAUGCUAUAGGAAUUACAAUUGGGCCCAAUGCGCAUUCAUAUGCCGAAAAAGAAGAUGAGAAGCGCGUGAGCAUUUCCGAUCUCAGAGCGCGUGAGAGCACCCGAGAUGGAAGAAUGGCUCGCAGACAAUAUCAGCUUGAGUUAUUACAAGUUGCUGAAUCGGCGGAGGGUGUAUUAUAUGGUCCUGGAAUAGACAACCCAAUAUGAUCCCGUCCCGAGAUAUAGUGGUCACCGCAAAACGUCUUUUUUGAGAGGAGCUCCUGGAGAUCAGCUGUAGCUCUUAUUCAAAUAAAUAUUUUUACUAGUACUAAGUCUUAAAAUACAGUUAAAAGAUACCAUAAUAUGUGUAUAAAUUUUUGGAUCAAUAAAUUAAAAAGUUUUCUCAGAAAAAAUUCUGGAAAAUUCACUUUUUUUCGGCCGUCUAACUGUAUAUAACCCCUUAA